AUGGUAUUUUCGUGUUGUGUGAAAGGUUGUAGAAGUGAAAGUUACCCUGGAUGUGGUUUGUCAUUCCAUAGUUUCCCGGUGAAGGAAGAUGCACUGAAAGCAUGGCUCAAAGUAGUUCCGGUAAAAGGAUCUACUAAAUACAAAAAAGUUUGCUCUAACCAUUUCAAAAGUCAGGAUUUUGUUAUCCAAGGAGCCAGAAAGCGCUUAACAGCCAAUGCAGUGCCAUCAGUUCUAGUAACGAUGCCCAUGGAAACUGUGAAGGUGAUCAGUAAUAUUCAAAUAAAACCACCAAACAUCAUGGCUCACCAAGAUGUUCCAGCUAAUUCAAUGAAAAUUGAUAUAUGUUACGAGCCAGUGCCAAAUACAUCUUCUCAGGAAAUCACGUUAAGAAAGCGACCAUUAUCUGAUUUGAGCCCUUCACUCAAUAUUCCCCAGUCAAAUAAAAGGAAAUGCGUCGCGCAUAAGUAUGUACAAACAUCAAGAGGUAAAGAAAAUAGUCAAAUAAAAAGAGAAGUUAACAUUCUUAAACAAAAAUUAAAACGCAGAGAUUUGAAGAUUACGUCGAUGAAAAAUCUUCUUAGUGUAGUGAAAAAAAGGACUAUGCAUUAUGAAGAUAUUGAGAGUAUCAUUAGAGAUCAUUUUUGCAAUAUUUAUUCAGAAUUUAAACCUAAAAAUAAAUCUAAGAUAUCACCAGGUGUAAGAUAUAGCAAGGAACUUAAGCAGUUUGCUCUAACUCUUAAAUACUAUUCUCCACGGGCAUACAGAUUCUUGCGAACAUGCAUUAAUUUGCCACAUCCUGCUACAAUUCGCAAGAUGCUUUCUUCUGCAGAGUGUAAUGUCGGUUUCCUUAAGGAAGUUUUUGAAUUUUUAAAAUUAAAUGUCCAAACGAAUCCCGCUUUAAUUCAUGUUGCCCUGAUUUUUGACUCAAUGGCUAUUAAAUCGGAGCUCGUGUAUGAGAAAAACUCAGAUAAAACUUGGGGUUAUGUUGAUUUGGGUGGAAUUGAAAAUGUAGAUUCCUAUGAAGUGGCGAAAGAAUCUUUAAUUUUUCAAAUAGUGUCUUACACAAUCAUGUCUGGAGGCCAUUUGGUGGUACUGGACCGUGCGGGACGCGAGGUGAAACAAUUCACUCUAUCCUCGGGUCUGGCUACUCUGGGCAGUGAUCCCUCGUGCGAUAUUCGCAUUUUGCUUCCAACUGUGCAUCCACAUCAUGCUACAGUUGCUGUGCAUACUAAUCAGACGGUGGUCCGUAACGUGGGCGCCGGUGAGACGCUGGUGAACGGCGUGGCAGUGAGCGUGGCGGCGCUGCGCGAGGGCGACGAGCUGGCGCUGGGCGGCCGUCGCCUGCGCUGGCGCUACGCGCGCCCCGCGCCGCACCACGCGCGCACCCGUCCUCCCGAACCCGCACUGCAGCGAGUAAAGCGGUCUCGUGGCGGUGCCGCUGCGAGCCUAGCGCGCCUCUCCGAGCACGCGCCGCGCGCCCCGCAACCACACCACCGCGACUCCAUGCCCGCGGCCCUAAGCACACGUCAGGUCGCUAUUGUACAGCCGCAGAGAAGAGAUACUGCUGAUCACAUUGAAGCUGUUUCAAGUCCUGUAGUCUCCAUUAUUACUAAUGUGAGACGGCCUCGCACCCCAAAAACUGAAGAGGAAAGUGAUAUAUCAAUUGACACAUCAGAAGAAGAAAAAGGUAAAUCCAAAUCACUAAGGGCUGCUCCAAUGAAUCUACAAAAUACCACUAAAGCCACACUGUGGAUUGAAUCACGGAAAACCAGUCCAAGGAAGAGUGUCAAGGAGAGUCCCAGUCGUGUAGAGGUCACCCCAAGGAAAGUGGCCUCUGCCAAGAAGAGUACUCCACUGAGGAUGGCAGUACUUAAGAAGGCGCAGAGUGCACACAAAAUGCGUAUCAAGAAGAUUGAAGCGCCAUUGACUGUAGAUCACACAAAACAGGCGGCAAUAAUGUUGAUGGCUGGGCACACACCAAAACAGAAGUCAAGUCCGAAACAGAAAAGAUCCAGUACAAGGCAAAAAGGGCCCAGUCCUAAGCAAGGCAGUGCUAAGCGGGCCAGUUUCAUUGUUAAAAAGCCCAGCCCUGUCAAAAAGACUCCAAGGAAAUCUGGCAGACUUUCCAAGAACUUAUUAAGUACUAGCAUUACUUCAACUAGAGCGAGUACUGCAUCAAAUAAUUUAUCUCGUAAGAAUGGCAAGGCAUCUUUAGAUCAAUCCUACAAGCAUGUCAAACUAGAUGUCGCUACUUGCCUCAAACAACGAAAUAUCGUUAGUGAAGUGAAAAGUUUCAAAUGCUCAGACAUGGCUCACCAAAUUCACCUAAAUGAAAACGAAAUCGCCUGCGCACUUCAAUGUGAUUUAAGUGAAGAUGGACUCGACUUAGAUGACGAUAGUUUGAUGGAUCCUGACUUUGAACCAGAUUUUGAAGAGUCGAUUGACGAAUCUUUGGAAGCUGAAUUCGACAUAGAUGCACUAGUAGACACCUUGAAUGAUGACGACCGUAACUCCAACUUUGAGGUAGAAGUAGGGCCGGCCUUAUCUAGUUCAGACAUUCCAGAGAUUGAAUCUGGCAAAGAGAAUGUUGUCAGACCCGACGAGCCAGAUUUAGGAGCUUCUUCCAAUGUAGUAGUGAGAUUAUCGCGUAUGAUUCCGCGACACCAAAAUUACAGGCUCUAUUUCGAUAACUACUUCACAUCCUUGCAUCUUUUGGAAUAUUUAGCAAAAGAAGGUAUUCUUGGGCUAGGUACUAUUAGAAGGAAUAGAAUACCUGACUGCAAGCUGUCGUCAGAAAAAGAGAUUAUGAAGAAAGAUCGAGGAUAUUCUGAAGAGUACAUAGCUGAUGUCAACAGCGUCGACGUGUCAACGGUUGUAUGGAAGGACAAUAAGCUUGUUACAUUGGCUUCCACAUUUGCUGGUCUAAAUCCUAUAAGCGAAGUCCGGAGAUACGACAAAAAGAACUCAAGAUACAUAAACAUCCCGCGACCUAAUGUUGUGAGCGAGUAUAACCGUCAUAUGGGCGGUGUGGACCUUGUAGAUAGCAUUAUGGGCAUCUACAAGAUAAAACUGAGAAGCAAACGUUGGCAGAUGCGUCUCUUCUAUCACUUCUUAGACCUAACAAUGGCUAAUGCAUGGCUGUUCUAUAAAAGAGUCUGCAAGUAUAAAAACAUUCCCAACAAGACCAUCAUGGCAUCUGCAGAUUUUCGCCUGGAAAUUGCCGAAACAUUGUGCAAGAUGGGGGUGAAAACGGGUUUAACAAUACGCCGAUCUAUUGAAGGUCAAAUCCUAGCAAAGAAACACAAAGGACCUGCCCAACAUGUACCUCCACAAGCAGUCCGCCAAGAUCAAGUCGGUCACUGGCCUCAAUGGGCAGAAAAAAAAAUCCGUUGUAAGUUCCCAAAGUGUGCUGGAUUUACUCAUACGGCCUCAAUGAUGGAAAUAACUGACUCUGAUGUUCAUCAAACAGUGAGAGAAAGCGAUGUAUCUACACAUUCAGGCGUAAAAAGCUUAAUCCGAUCGCCAUUGUUACCGAGUCCUAAGAAAUCUGCACUUAAAGAUCCAACUGCGAAGAAAAGCGCUAGGAAAACUGAAUCAAUCAAGUUUGAUUUAAGCAACCUUGAGAACAGUGGCUUAAACUCAGUGGACGUUUUAAUGGUUACAGACACCACUAACAAGAGCUUUGAAAAUAGUGCAUCUGAAGACGAAUUGACUUUACAUUAUUCCGAAAGCUCUACAGCAAAAUCUCCUUCCCCAAGGAGGUCGAUUCACUCGCGCAGUAGUAAAAUCAUGGAAAGGACUUUAGGGACAACAUUUAUACCAGAUACGGAGUCCGUACAAGAUACUCUAACACCAUUAUCCCCAAAAUCUCGAAAGUCCUCACGCGGUAGCGUUAUGUUGCAGAAAGUUUUGCAGACUCCGGACAAUAAGAAGUCAUUGACAUACUCGCGUAGAGCCACCAAAAGCUUAACGGAAAAGAGCUGGAACUCCACCGCGGCUUCCUUACGCAGAACUCGGACUCUGAGCCCACGAGAUACCUCAGCUAGAGAUAAUAUGGAAGCAUAUUCGAUCGUCGACUUAGUGUCUAUCGAUUCUAAUGAUUCGCGGUCCGCAUCUGUGUAUAAUUCUGCCUCAUCGGCUGAUACCAGUACCUCGAAAUUCGGUACGCCGCAUACAACUGCCGGAAGAAAGACCAGUUCGAUAAGAGGUCGUAGUCUCCUUGCUUCAAGUACACCAGCUAUGAAAAGUGAUUACAAGUCCAGGGUAUCUAGAUCUCAAAGUUAUGUCACAUCACGCAGUUAUGACUCUAUUCAGUAUGAUUCACCCGCUCAAAACAGUGUCAUUUCUACUAGAAAGUCCAAGUCUCUGUCAACACCAGACAAUGUUACAUUUAACAUUAGCGGAAGACUGAAUAAAUCUAAAUCAUUAGCAACAGACAGUGAUCAAGAUAAUAUCACAAUAAAUAGCACAAGAAAAUCUCGACAAUCAAGGUCAUAUAACUCUUUACCAAUUGAAAAUUCCAAAGAAAACGCAACUAUAAAUGUUACAGAAUCUAGAAAAUCAGUACCUUCACCUAAAGAUGCCACAUUUAAUGUGUCUAGAAAAUCUAGAAUGUCGAAGUCUGUUUCGACAUUGGAGAAUUCACAAGACAAUAUUACAUUGGACAGUUCUAGAAAAUCUAGGAAAUCCAGGUCCAUUUCUACACCGGAAGUAUACCAGGAAAAUAUUACAUUAGAUAACUCAAGGCAUACGAGAUCAUCGAGGUCAAGUCAUUCACGCUUGAGCGAAGUAAGUGUUGCAUCACCAAGGUCUUCCAAGAGAUCUGUAAACUCGAAUACUAAUGACAGUCCGCUACAAAAUAAAGGUAUAUCUACCCCAGACCAGAAUAGACCUCAAGAAGUUGGUACCCCAGUGCUAAGUACAAAGUCUAGAAAGUCAGUAACUUCACCUAAAGAUGCCACAUUUAAUGUGUCUAGAAAAUCUAGAAGGGCAAAGUCUGUUUUGACAUUGGAGAAUUCACAAGACAACAUUACAUUGGACAGUUCUAGAAAAUCUAGGAAAUCCAAGUCCAUUUCUACACCUGAAGUAUCCCAGGAAAAUAUUACAUUGGAUAGCUCGAGGCAUUCAGAAUCAUUGAGGUCAAAUCAUUCACGCUUGAGCAAAGUAAGUGUUGCAUCUCCAAGGUCUUCCAAGAGAUCUGUAAACUCGAAUACUAAUGACAGUCCGCUACAAAAUAAAGGUACAUCUACCCCAGACCAGAAUAGUCCCCAAGAAGUUGGUACCCCAGUGCUAAGUAUACGAAGUCUUCUGGACUCGAGUCAAGACUUAACAAUGUCACAUUCGAAGGAGAAAGGCAUUGUUAGGGUACCAGUUAAAGUUUUACGUAAAACUGUAGGAGGCCGACCGUCUGUGCCUAGAAAAGGUGUAAGUAGUAAGUCUAAAUCAUUGAGUCUUGGUACAAGAGUCUCUCUAAGAAGAUCAUUGAAGAAUUCUCCAACUUAUGCGGAAUUAAAUAAAUAUGUAUCUCAAGAUGAAGGUGAAUCGACUCCAAAGAGUGCUGUGAAAUUGGUGCAAGAGACUGUUAAAAAUAAACACUCUUCUGCUAAAAAACCAAAGUCAAAGAGGUCCAUUAUAGAUCACCUUAAUGAGUCCGAUAUGGUCAAGCAACUUUUCAACAGCCCUGUAAAAAGAAAGCUAUCACAAAGCAUGAUGGAGUUUUCUAGAAAGCAACUUUUGGAAGAAGACACGACACCUCCAAGGAGACCGACGCGAAAUACAAUCGCAUUGACAGGAAGAACUCCUGAAAUUUCUAUAUUGGAACGUUCGCAGGCAUUCACACCGGAAGUUUUCGUCAGUCCCUUGAGUACACCCAGUAAUAGUUCCAAUGUCACCAGUUUGGAACGCUUAUUUACAGAAGCCACGCCGGAAAAUGAACUUCGAAAUGUAACAGGUGCUAAAAAGUUGCUGCAUACUCCACGAUACAGAAGGUCCGUUAAAAAUGAUUUAAGCAAAGUAUCUGGAGUGAAGUCACUGUUUAAAAGGUCGCCGAGAAACCGUUUAAGCGACGUUAGAGUUAAGGAAUUGUUUGCAGUCUCACCUAACAAUGAUUUAAGAAGAGUUUCUAAUGUUAAAACACUUUUCCAAUCGCAGAAAGAAAUAAGAUCGCCGAAAAACAGUCUAGAGGAUGUUGCAGGAGUAAGAAAAUUGUUCAAAAAGAACAGUCCCGGUAAUGACUUGGGUAAUGUAUCCAGAGUCAAGACAAUAUUGCGUAGAAAUUCGCCAAAGAAUGAUUUGAGCGAUGUUAGAGGGUUACGAAGAUUAUUCCGGCAAGAGAAACAAAGAGAUGAUUCAAAUAAUUUAAGUGGUAUUGAGGAGUUGUUUAGUGAAUCACAUCAAACUUCUAAUCUACCUGACGCCAACCUGGAAAGUUCCUUUGACUUGCUUAUUGGUAAACCGGCUGUGCGGUCUUACCCGAAAGCUAAGAGUUUCUCAAACAAAUUGAUUCAAAAACCAAAAAUUCGUAAAGCGCGGUCUUUACAAACCUCCUUUAGUUCGAUAACAGAUAAUGUGGAGGACUGGUUAGAGACUGAACUGAGGAAACGAAUGCACAAAUAUGAUAUAAGUGAACCAUCAUCGAAGCUGGGAACACUAGGGAACAAAUCCAAUGAUUCCACUUUGUCAUUAAAAUCAGGCCGGAGUACUGGAAAUGUAUCUUUAUCAAGAAGCAAAAGGUUAAAAGAUAAUUCGAAAAAUAAGUCAAACAUUUCAACAUCUCUGACCCGAGGAAAGAAGUCUGCAAAUAUCGCUCAAAAAUUAGAAAAUACAGUUACAAAAGUAAACAAAUCUAAAGAUGUUUCUAAAACGAAGGCUCCAAUCAACAAAUCCAAAACAGUAACUGAAGAAACUCCCACAAACGUGAACAUAUCUAAAACCAAAACGAAUCUAACGCGUGAACUGCAAAAACUGAUGACUGAUACCGUUGACGGUAAUUCUCCAGUUCUCACUUCUAGAAUAAGAAACAGCACUCUGGCGAAAACUUCCCUAGUUGAAGAAGUCGAACGGAAGAAGUCCGCGUCGGAAAUUUAUGGAGCUCACACUCUGCCCAUUAAAAAAAGGUCCCUGAUCGAUACAUCAGCGAAUAAAAGCAGUGAGAAGAGUGUUUUGCCGAUAAAGAAGCGAGUUUUGAUGCACUCUACUCCCGUUAAGAGCAGGAUCAACUUUACUAUGAACGCGUCAGAAAUUGGUCGCGUAUCGCCAAUUGCGCCUGUUAAUGAAGUGGCGGUUGACGUCGAUAAAAAUCAAGAUACUGCAGUAAGGUCCAUUGAACUUCCUAAAGAAAGCCCUAAAAGAAAAACAAUACAAACGAGGAAAUCAAAAAUCAUUCAAGGCGUUGUUGAUAGUCAGAUUUCAUCUAAAGCUAUUCAACUAUCACCUAAGAACAAAGAAAAGGCCCAGCGUAGCCCAGUUCAAGUGAGAGCUACGAGAGGACGAAGGGUUAAAGAAAGUUUGGAAGUCAACUCGUCUGUCGUUAUUUCCAAAAAACCGCCUGUUUUAAAAAACCAAACAACAGCAAAAGUAUCUCGUAACGAACCUGUUUCAGUUGGAAAUCCUGAGCCUGUCGUCCAGGUAACAAGAAAGAGGAAUUUUAAUCGAAAACAAGGUUUAGUUGAAGAGGUUACAGAAAAUGUGCAACCUGCUACUAAAACAACCCGACGAAAGAACGUGCAAGAGGUGGAGAGUCCAAAACGUAGUAAUAAAGCAACACCAAAAAGAAAAUCAGGACGUAAAACUAACUUAUCAAAGGAUAAUGAGAAUGCCACUAUAGAUCAGCUAUCGCAUGAAAGUCCCCCGAAAACUAGAACACGCAGGCAAAAAGUUACUGGAGACAAAGUUCAAACGCCUAAAGCCAAUACCAGGGCGAAAGUACGAAAACUAAGUGUUGUUAUAACUAAACCUUCCCCUCAAAUGAAGCCAAGAUCUGGUAAGCAGGGCAUUGAAACUGAAUCCCAGAAAAUACCAGAGAAAACCUCCCAAAGAACUCGCAGAACUAUUGCUCAAGCUACUGAAGCUGUUGAAGUAAAACAGAAGAAACAAGAAUAUUUAGAUGAAAUUAGCGAGGAAAGUCAAACUAAAAGACGGGGUAGGAACGGCAAAUUGAUUUCGCCAAGUGCUAAAGUAGCCAAGAAAGGGCAGAAUGUCGUAGUUGAAAAUGACCCUAAAGGAAAAAAUGUCACUUCGGAAGCGGAAGCUAAUCUAAAACCAAAACGAGGUAGGAAGACUAUUGCUCAAACUAAUGUCACAGUUGAGAAUAAUGUUACAGAAGUGCGGACAAGGUCUACUCGAAUAACAACUAAAACUGACAGUGCCACAACCCAAACUCGGGGUAAGAAAACUGCAUCAUAUGAGACCACACAGGCAGUUUCGAAACGACAGAUGAAAGCACAGAACAGUGUUAUUGAAAAUACAAGUAGAGGAGGCAAAACGAAGAUUACUGCAGAAGAAACUCCAUCUAAAUUAAGAAAAAUGGAUGUGGCAGAUGAUACGGGUACAAGAAAUCGUGGAAGAAGAGGGCAAAAUAUAUCUAAACAGCAAAAUAUUGAAACCACAACAGCAAAAAGUCCAGUAGUUGUUACUAAGGGCAGGCGAGGUAAGAAAACUGAAGAUCUACAAGAACUUGAUAAACAAAAGACAAUAGAAAAUGAAGUUUUGGCAUCUAAAAGAGUUAGAGGCGGUAAGAAAACCGAAGGGGCACCUCCUGAAGUAAGUCAACUAAAAACAACAGUUGGAAGAAAAAAAAAUAUUACUAACACAAGCGGCGAGGUAGCCGAACCGAAGAGUACUCGUGGAAAGAGGAGCCAGAAGCAGUCUGUAGAUGAUAGUGCAGUGACAACCACAGAGGUAAAGAAAGUGGGAAAGGGACGGGCGAAGAGAGGAGCGGGGCAAAAUGCGCCGAAAAACGCUCAGGAAGUGCAGGAGACGACAAAAACAAGUAAAGCUCAAAAAGAAGCCGGACAGGAUACUGAAGGCAAAAAUACGAGGAGGAAAAAGGUGACGGAAUUAGAAAAACCCCAGCCAAAGGGCCGUAAGAGAAAAAAUAACAUGGACGUGUCUGCUGCCGAAGAACCAGCGAAGCCCGCUAAGAAUCCUCGUAAGACUAGCGCGGUGAGUCCCAAAGCACCCGCCCGCGAGACAAGAACACGACGCACUAAAGUUGAAGAUGUUCAAAAACCAGCGGCACGCAGUCGACGCCGGUAA